AAACCGUCCAACUACCAUACACAUCCGGGAUGGACUGCAAAGUGCAAACCCUCAAAGGAAUCAAAUAAAAGUUGGGGUGGGUUUUGACAAUCAAGUGACCGUCGAUGACCCUAAUUUACAUCGGGAACCCAGUAUUCCAAGAUUCAACCAAAUGAAAAUUCAGGGCGACGUGAAGCUUCAAUCGUUGUUUCAUUCAUUCAAACAUGGGUUUAGAACCAUCUCACACAACGCCCAUUGGGUUACUUCAUCUGGCUUCCAAAUCUCUCUAGCAAGCAGCAUCAUCAGUGUUGCUGGUUUGAUUUUAGCUCUAAAAGAUGGCAGAGGAAGAAGGGGUUUUAACAAUCUCUUGUUAUCUUGGUCUGCAUCCUCGGAGACUGAAUCUUCACCGGAAAAAAGAUUGCCCGUAGUUUCUGGCUUGCAGAAUCUUGGCAAUAAUUGCUUCUUGAAUGUAGUCUUGCAGGCUUUGGCUAGUUGUUCUUGUUUUCUGAAUUCUCUUCAAAAGAUUGUGGAGGAAUUUGAAGGUUCAUCAGAGGGUGAACAAAUUGGGGAUAUGCCACUUGCAGUAUCUUUAAAUGAUUUGUUGCAAGAACUAUGUAUUGUUCGGCAUGAACACAAAGUAUUAAGCCCACGAAAAGUGAUGCUUGCAAUGUCUCAUUAUACACCAAACUUCAAUCUAACUAGUCAGCAGGAUGCAGAAGAAGCGUUAGCUCACAUGUUGUCUUCUCUAAGAGAAGAAUGCUCAGAAUAUUUUCCUACAAACCAUAGUUCUCUAGCUGUCGCAACUGCGUCGAGUAACCGUUUUAUUACUGUAGAGAAAAGGGUUAUUUUUAGCGAGCUAGAAAGAUGGACGCAAAGAUAUCUUGGACCGUUUAAUGGGAUUAUUGGCAGCAUUUUAACUUGCAAAAGCUGCUCGUUUCAGAUUUCUCUGGAUUUUCAGUUCUUCAAUUGCUUAUACCUUUCACCACCAACAUAUGGUGGUGGUUCUAUCAUGCCUGGAUGCUCCAUAGAGGAUUGCUUGAAGCGGUUUUUUGUUGCAGAGCGGAUUGAAAAUUACUUUUGCACUCAUUGUUGGCAUGCCACUGCACUGAAAUAUUUAUCUCUGCUAAAUAAAAAUGAGACAGAUAUUGAAACGCUUCAAAGCUGUAGCAAGCAAGAUACAUGCGACUGCAAAGAUCUACCAUCUCUUGGAUCAUUACCUUGGUCAAACAGUUAUUCUCAGACUUUCAAACAAUUGCAUAUUGCACGUACUCCAAAGAUUUUGUGCCUAAACUUACAACGUGCGUCGAUGAAUGUAUUUGGAGAAUCAAUUAAACUGCGGGGUCAUCUCUCUUUUCCUCUGACUUUGGACAUGUCACCAUUCCAAAACAAAGGAGUUGAAAUAAAACAUUCCGAGCAGAAGUUGCCAUUUGGUAGACUCGUACAACAAAAUCAGCAGCCGAUUCGUUUUUCUGAUUUUCUUAGAUUACAAACGGAUAAAUUUACAUUGGAUAAUAUAUACAAACAACCACCAUUAGAAGAUCCCGGUGACAGAGAAAUUCAAGAGGAACAAUAUAUCGCUACACAUCAAGAUAGCGAGGUACGAGAGGGUUGGAACUUGAAUCCGAAUGGACAUCAUAUCUACAAUCUUGUUUCUGUUGUGGAGCACUUUGGAAAUGCAGGAGGUGGACAUUAUACGGUUUAUAGAAGAGUAAUUACCGAAAUAAAGAACUCCGAAAAUGACCAUUGUCAUGUUUGCUGGGUUGGAGUUUCAGAUAGCCAAGUUUAUCGGGUUUCAGAAGAAGAUGUUCUUGGUGCAGAGGCUACUUUACUCUUUUAUGAGAAAGUUUCAGAAAGUUCAUAAAUUUGCACUUCAAGUUUGUAACCGAAAUGGAUGGAAUUUCUUGUAGUUACUUUUUUGAAAUAUUUGAGAAUUUGAAGAAUUGGGUGUCCUUGACAGUUUGUUUUUCAUUGACACAUCCAUAUAUACACAUUGAUACAAAGUAGUCGUUUAAAUUA